AUGAAGGCUGGCAGCAAGUUCAAGAGACUCCCACGUCAGGCCUUCUGCCACUUCUGUGGCGAGCAGAGGCCGGACCUCCUCAUUUGCCAGCGAUGCGAGAUGGUUCAUUACUGUUCUCGGGAACAUCAAAUCGCAGACCACCCUUGCCACAGCACAAACUGCCGACUUGUCGCCAAAUGCAUUAAGGAAGUGUCCGAGGAAGCCGAGCGGCUGCGAAAUCUCGUAUGGGAUAUGGACCCUUAUGGCAAAUUCUUUACCAUCCCAGAGACUCGAAAUUACAUGCGUGCUCAGAUGUCUCUGGGAAGGGUGAUGGGCAGUUUCAACACUCCAUACGCGGUCAACGCACAGCUUGAGCUGCUGCUGAAACUGUGUCGGCUGGCGAGAGAGGAUAAUGGACUGGUCUUGAGGACCGUGAUCCCGGGCUUGAUGUUGCGGCUCGGCAAGGACCAAGAAUGCUACGACUUUUUGAAGUGGUGGGGGACGACGCCCAUACACAGCCCUUGCUUCACCAAUAUUUAUCUGCCAUACCUGGAUCUGAAAGACUCGUAUGCCUACGAGGACUACAGGUGGAUAUUCUCCGGCAGCUCAUUCGAGCUUUCCAUGGUUGUCGCCCUUCUAUUGAUCAAGAUCAGGUUGUUCCUCGAUCUCCAGCUUUUACAGAGAACCUUUUCUCGGUCGGGUACGAACGGAUCCCCUAGCCAGGCCAAGGAUAACCAGCAGGCGCUUGAUAGCUCCAUCGUGGAAACGGCAACUCAAGACACUUGUCAGCAAAUGCCAGCCAUCCAAAAAGCUGCUGAGAAUGGAUCUGUCGAUGCUCAACCCAGAAAUGAAUCCGCAUCCCCGCAGCCCCGAGACCCUCAAAUGAACGCGCAAAAACAUGGUAGCAUGGUUUCAGGCAACGACACCACUGGGACGACCAAAAUCUUCGAACGAGACAAAACCAACGGGACCAAGUCCCAAUUUUUGAAGCCACUUUCCGCUGAUGUUGCCCGAAUUAUUCCAUGCCUCCGCAGCAACAUCGUCAUCAACCAUCUACAGCAAAUCCAGAACUUUGACCACACGCUUCAGAUAGCCCAGUUGGAAAUAGACAUAUCAGAGCUCUACACGAUAAUUAACCAGAUCAACGCGAGGUUCUGGGGGGAUCUUUUGGACCCGAGCAAAGCGCAAAUCGCGAAUACAUAUUGUAUGGAUCCGAGUGGGAUGGCAGAGUCGUUUAGUGUCGUCAAUGUCUCGCAGAAAUCAUGGUAUGAGACUCCAGGGGCAAUCGAGUUGGUAGGUAUGCUCUCCAAGUCAACAGGUUGAUUGACGGACGAGACACAACCGAGAAGCAUCUAUAUGCUGGCUCAGGCGCGAGUCGUUUGUACCUAUUGCCAAUGUCGGGAGCGAAGAUUGGAUAUCCAGUAUACGUAUCCAAAGUAGCGUAUUGGUAACCUGGCUCAUAAUCCUAAUGGUAAUUUGGUUUAUCUGACUGUCGCAACGGGUUGAGUUUUGCCCUUUUUAUGCUUUUGAAAGGACCAGACUGAGCAGCCCCCAC